CCACAUUCGGUAGUGAGACAAAAUUUUGUCAAUUUUAAUUGGGUAUUGUUUUUGUUGAAUCAAUUGUUGCAACCAAGAAAGCUGCUCAAUGUCUGAUAACGAUGAUGAUUUCAUGUGCGACGACGAUGAAGAUUACGGCCUGGAAUACUCGGAGGAUAGUAACUCAGAACCGGACGUAGAUCUAGAGAAUCAAUACUACAAUAGCAAGGCACUCAAGGAGAUGGAGCCCACAGCGGCGCUAGCCAGUUUCCAAAAGGUGCUCGAUCUGGAGAACGGCGAGAAGGGCGAAUGGGGCUUCAAGGCGCUGAAGCAAAUGAUUAAAAUCAACUUUAGUCUGAGCAACUACAAGGAAAUGAUGGUGCGCUACAAGCAGCUGCUCACCUACAUCAAGAGCGCCGUCACACGCAAUCACUCCGAGAAGAGCAUCAAUUCCAUACUGGAUUACAUAUCGACGUCCAAGAAUAUGGAAUUGCUGCAGAAUUUCUAUGAGACCACUUUGGAUGCAUUGCGCGAUGCCAAGAACGAUCGUCUGUGGUUCAAGACGAACACGAAACUGGGCAAGCUCUACUUUGAUCGCAACGACUUCACCAAAUUGCAAAAGAUACUCAAGCAGUUGCAUUCGAGCUGCCAGACAGACGAUGGCGAGGAUGAUCUGAAGAAGGGCACCCAGCUGCUAGAAAUUUAUGCGUUGGAAAUCCAAAUGUAUACGGUGCAGAAGAAUAAUAAGAAAUUGAAAGCCCUCUAUGAGCAAUCUUUGCACAUUAAAUCGGCCAUACCUCAUCCACUGAUAAUGGGCGUAAUACGUGAGUGCGGCGGCAAAAUGCAUUUGCGUGAAGGCGAGUUCGAGAAGGCGCACACCGAUUUCUUUGAGGCGUUCAAGAACUACGAUGAGAGCGGAUCGCCCAGACGCACAACCUGCCUGAAAUACUUGGUGCUGGCCAAUAUGCUAAUGAAGUCCGGCAUCAAUCCAUUUGAUUCGCAGGAGGCCAAACCGUAUAAGAACGAUCCUGAAAUAUUGGCCAUGACAAACUUGGUUAACUCAUACCAAAACAAUGACAUCAACGAGUUUGAGACUAUAUUGCGCCAGCAUCGCAGCAACAUAAUGGCCGAUCAGUUUAUACGCGAGCAUAUUGAGGAUUUGCUGCGCAAUAUACGCACCCAGGUGCUCAUUAAACUGAUCCGACCCUAUAAGAAUAUAGCCAUACCGUUCAUAGCCAAUGCGCUAAACAUUGAGCCGGCCGAAGUGGAGAGCCUGCUCGUUUCCUGCAUACUGGAUGACACCAUCAAAGGGCGGAUCGAUCAGGUAAACCAGGUGUUGCAGCUGGACAAGGUCAAUAGCAGCGCUGCUCGGUACAAUGCACUGGAGAAAUGGUCCAAUCAAAUUCAAUCACUGCAAUUCGCUGUAGUACAGAAAAUGGCUUAGACAUAAGGCAACGAUUAAAAUCUAAUGGAAAUUCUGAAAAA